CUGUACAAGGAGGCCAUGAUGGAGGAGCACCAGCCUCUUAUAUCACACGAAAAUCCCAGCAAGAAUUCUGAUGAAAAACCAGAAGAUGAAGAUACCCUGCAGCACUCUUCAGGAGAAAAGCUAAUUACCCAUAAUGUACAUCCAGGACUUCAUAGUACAGAUCUAUCAUAUAAUCCUCCUAAUCAUGAGGAACUUUCUCCUAACCAGUCACAGAAUGUUACCACUAGUACUGGUCAGAAAGGGGGUGAAAGAGGUAGCAAAGAGUUUGCAUACACCUCAGGAAUUUCUACACACACAACUCGCACAGUAGAGAAGCCCUACUCCUGUUCAGAAUGUGGCAAGGGCUUUACAGAUAAAUCAAGUCGUGUUAGACAUGAGAGAAGUCACACAGGAGAGAAGCCAUAUUCAUGUUCAGAAUGUGGGAAGUGCUUUACAGAAAGAUUCAGUCUUGUUAAACAUCAGAGACGUCACACGGGAGAGAAACCAUAUACAUGUUCAGAAUGUGGCAAAUGUUUUACAUAUAAAUCAUAUCUUGUUACACAUCAGAGAAGUCACACAGGAGAGAGGCCAUAUUCAUGUUUAGAAUGUGGGAAAUCACAACUUAGGAAUCAUCAGAGAAGUCACACAGGAGAGAAGCUGAAUAAACAUUGA